CAGUAGUCCCCAACGCCCGAUGAUCAAUCUGUCAACGCGGGCGUUCGUCCUCCUCAUUUGGCCGAAAAUGGCCGAGAAAAGCGUUUAUUUUGGCCACUCCUCACCCCUCAAGACCCGGGCUAAGAGGAGGAGGGUGGCAGAUGAUGGCAACAGUUUGAAUGAGGCGGUGAAAGUCGAAAUUAAGGAGGAAAAAGCGGGUGAAAAGGUAGAUACACAACCACUGGAAGAUGUCACACCAUCACAGAAAAUUGCUUCCAGAAGAAGAAUCCAGAUUAAAUAUGAAGAGGAUGACCAUCAAAAGUCAAAAGGAGUUUCUGCUGGCGAUGAAAUGUUCAUCCACCUAUUGCCCUACCAAGAUACAUUGCAGAGCAAUGGAACAGCGAUUUUAAGUGAACAUAAGUCUGCAGAUAUAAAACCAGGUCACCCUGGAUGGGAACCUCCUCACUGGCGAGAGGUCUUGGAAAACAUACGUGAAAUGAGAUCUGCUCGUGAUGCUCCCGUAGACAACAUGGGGGCAGAAAAGUGUUCGGACAGGGACUGCAACCCUGAGGUAUACAGAUUCCAAGUCCUCAUUUCUCUCAUGCUUAGCAGCCAAACCAAAGAUCAGGUGACACACGCAGCCAUGACUAAGCUCAGAGAGUAUGGCUUAACUGUGCAGAACAUCUUGGAUACAAGUGACGAGCUGCUCGGUCAGCUUAUAUAUCCUGUUGGGUUUUGGAAGAAAAAAGUUGUGUACAUAAAGAAAACCUGCGCAAUCCUUAAAGAGCAAUAUGGUUACGACAUUCCCCCGACAGUCGAGGAAAUGUGCAAGCUACCGGGUGUUGGGCCCAAAAUGGCACAUCUGUGCAUGGACAUCGGAUGGGGGAAACUGACAGGCAUUGGCGUUGACACUCAUGUGCACCGCAUCAGCAACAGACUAGGCUGGACGGGUAAGCCUACCAAGACCCCGGAAGACACCAGGAAAGCCCUGGAAUCCUGGAUGCCGCAAGAAAUCUGGAGCGAGACUAAUCUCUUGAUGGUUGGUUUCGGCCAGCAGAUCUGCCUUCCCGUGGGCCCCCAGUGUCAUGGGUGUCUCAAUAUUUCCCUUUGUCCUUUUGGGAGGAUUCCCGGGAAUAGGGGGUCGCCCAGGAAGCAGCCUUCUUCCAAAUCGCCGAGCAAGAGUGGUUCGGCAAAGAGAUUAGACAUUAAAAGUGAACCGUUGUAGUUAAAAGGGUUUCCCAAACGUUAAUUUUUUAAGCGGUUUGUUCAAAACAAACGGUAAAUAGAGAAAGUACAAUUAAUGUGGCAGGUAUAAUUUUAAGGUAUAUGCAUAAAAAAAUACUUUUAAAGAAAUGCAUUCUUCCAAUGUCAGUAAUUGGAAAUUUUGUGUUGAAAUUUAACCAUAAUCAAUUAUUUUUUUAUUAUAGAUUUCUUUCAACUUCAUUUUAUAUUCAUGCAGAACUGUAAUAAAUUUAAGAAUAAACUA